UUUGUAUAUGUAUGUGUGUAUAUGUAUGCGUGUGUCUGUAUGUGUGUCUGUAGCUUGUUGGUGACGGCCAAGGAAAAGAACGCCACACGUCAGCACGCACGUUUGUUUGUUUUCCGUCCCUCCGUUUCCCUCGUCUAUGUAUGCCGAUUAUGAAAGAUACGUGGUUCACAAUGGAGACACAGAAGUGGUUGAUGAUUUGUCAUCAAUUCCUCUGGUGCGGUUAAUACGAGAUGCAGCCGAUAUUGAUGGUCCAGAAAUUGAAGACAAGAUCAAUGACAUGAUGAGGACGGAGGUUCGAGUGUAGGUGUCGUGGUUGGAGUGGUGUUCCUCAUGGCAUUGGUUCUUGGUAUCGGAGGGUGGAUAGCCUAUGCAUACUUCUUCCCGCAUUCUUCAUCAGGUCAAAUCCUCAUCCGGACCUGGGCCCUUGUAGCUGCCUUCCUCCUUCAUUGGCCUAAGGAGCAAAACACCUUCGCAAGGAAUAGCUGCCUAAAAGGAUGUCUCGUCCGACAGUGGAGGAAGAACAAGAGGCAGUCGCAGAACAGGGCAGGGAGAGCCAGGGACGGCGACGGUCUCGCUCGUCACCGCUCCGCCCUCGGCACCCGGGGCGCGGGUCGCUCGCGGGUCACACGUCUUCCUCCCCAAUAAACCCUCCAGCAGAGACUCCUUUCAUUCCACCUGCUCUACGCCCAACCUCUUAUGUUGGCACAUGUGCACACACACACUC